CUUCAUCCCCACAACGCUAACCCCAUCCUAGCACCACCAAAAACAACGUCAACUCCGGCACUUGUUACACGAACGGAAUGAACGCCGGCUUUGGCUGCGGAGUCUUUGUCGAAGGGAAAAAGUGCCAAAUGACGGGCGCCGAACUCGCAGCACACUACGAUCACAUCAUGCAAUUCACCGGUGGUGGCUGCAAGAAGUGCGGCCAGGCGUUACUCUCGAAUGGUUGCAAGGUGACGGUCAACUACGUAGGCCAUUGUCAGAAUACCGACGGUAUUUUGAAUUUAGUGGGCGGGGAUGAUGAGUCGGAUGGGAUACCUGUGGGUUCUGGUUCUGGUUCUGGUUCUUCUUCAGCGUUGGCUGCUACGAGUCAUGGGUUGUUGACUUAGUUGGGUCUUGGUGAUUGUUUCG